AUGGAUUUUUCAUCAUCGUUUAAAAAAUCAUUUAAAUCCCACGGUUCAUACAAGCACACAAGAAGAAUUUCGGCAGGUAAUUCAGAAGAAGAUACAAAUGCCGAGCAACAGCCUAUUCUCUCCUAUCAUCAACGUGAUUCACGCACCGUAAACACCCACCAUAAGUCUCUAUCGCCCAUCGAUUUCGCCGACCGCCGGGAAAUCAUAUUGAAAAUCGAUGGCGGAGAUCGAAACACCGCCCCCAACAAUAAUAGCACUAUUUGGCGGGAAUCAAGCUUAGAUUUCUGGGGAGACAAAGGGAAUAGCAGCAUGCAAAAAGGGUCAUUCGAUUUUCAACGUGGGGAUGGCAAGGACGUGGUUGAAGAUCCACCCUCCCAAUUGAUUGGCCAAUUCUUGAAUAAGCAACGGGCUGCUGGCGGAGAGUUGUCAUUGGAUGUGGAAUUAGAAAUGGAUGAAUUACGACAUGAUCAUCGUAAAACCAGCAUUAUCGAUAAUACCAAUAUUAAUCCUCGUUUUUCAAUGCCCAAGGAUUUGAAGGUUUCAUAUCAAUCUCCUUCUAUGAAUAACAAUACUAGUAGUGAUUUGGUUGAUAUCGUGCGUGAUAAACAAAAACAUACUAGAGAUGAGGAUGAUUCUUCUUCCGAAGAAGAAGAAGAAGAAGAUGAUGAACAUGAGAAUCAAAAACUUCAUAAUAGGAGGCCUUUGACGAACAUGGAAGGUAGUGUUCAUAAUGGCAUUGGUGAUGAGGGUCAGGUUUUGACAUGCACCUCGAUUCAAAGGAGGGCUAGUGUGUUGGGAAGGUUGAAGACGAAGUCGAGAUUGAUGGACCCGCCUGUGGUACCCGAGAGAAGGUCUGCGAAGAUAAAAUCCGGUCCACUUCGUUCCGGGUUACCGGGAAGGGUAUCCGGGAUGAUGUCAAAACCAGCAGAGGAAGAAGAGGAGGAUCCAUUGUUUGAUGAAGAUUUUCCUGAUGAGUAUAAAAAGGCAAAGCGUGAUGCACUAACUUUGGCACAAUGGAUUAGUCUUAUUUUGAUUGUGACGGCCUUAUGUUGCACUCUGUCAAUUUCCAAGUGGAAAAGUAAACAACUUAGAGGACUUAGAUUGUGGAAGUGGGAGGUAUUGGUUCUUGUUUUAAUUUGUGGGAGACUGGUAUCAGGAUGGGCUAUUAGGAUAGUUGUUUUCUUUAUCGAGAGGAAUUUCUUUAUGCGAAAACGGAUUUUAUAUUUCGUUUAUGGAAUUAGGAAAGCUGUUCAGAAUUGCAUUUGGCUUGGAUUGGUUUUACUUGCUUGGCAUUAUAUGUUUGAUAAGAAGGUUGAAGGGAAUAAUGAGUUCCUUAGAUAUGUUAACAAGUUGAUGGUGUGUAUGUUGGUGGGAACAUUAUUAUGGCUAGUGAAAACACUUAUGGUUAAAGUUCUUGCAUCUUCAUUUCAUGUCAGCACUUUUUUUGACAGAAUUCAGGAAUCAUUGUUCAAUCAAUUUGUGAUCGAGAAGUUGUCAGGGCCACCUUUGAUUGAGUUACAGAACCACAAGGAGGAAGAGGAGAGGACUAUGGCAGAGAUUUGGCGCCUUCAGAAUGCAGGGGUGACUCUGCCUUCGGAACUCAAAGCACAUGCUUUUCAGGAUGCUAGGAGUGGUAAUAUGAUGAGCGCAGGAGGUGGAGGAUUACCACCAAAAAUUGGUGGCGGGGGAGGAGUAAGCUUCAAGAUAUCUGGACAGUUACCUAAGACUAAUCAAGAUGAUCAGGGCAUAUCGAUUGAUCACUUGCACAAAUUAAAUCCCAAGAAUGUUUCUGCUUGGAAUAUGAAAAGGUUGAUGAAUAUAGUCAGGAAUGGGGUUCUCUCCACUUUGGAUGAGCAAGUUAUCGAUAACUCACAAGGCGAUGAAGCUUCAACCCAGAUUGGGAGUGAGCGAGAGGCCAAAUGUGCAGCAAGGAAGAUAUUCAGGAAUGUGGCUCAACCUAGGGCCAAGUUCAUCUACCUUGAGGACUUGAUGCGUUUCUUGCGAGAAGAGGAGGCUUUGAAAACCAUGAACCUUGUGGAAGGAUCACCCGAAAAAGAAAAAAUCAGCAAAGUGUGCCUGAAAAACUGGGUGGUUAAUGCAUUCAGAGAACGAAGAGCGCUUGCCUUGACACUUAAUGAUACAAAAACAGCAGUCAAAAAGCUACACCAAAUGGUGAAUGUCUUAGUUGGUAUCAUCAUCUUGAUCAUUUCUCUCAUAAUACUGGGAAUUGCAACGAGCAGGUUUCUGCUCUUUGUAAGCUCUCAAAUAGUCGUGGUGGCAUUUAUAUUUGGUAACAUGUGCAAGACAAUAUUUGAAGCUAUUAUAUUUGUAUUUGUAAUGCAUCCUUUCGACGUGGGUGAUCGGUGUGAGGUGGACGGAGUUCAGAUGAUUGUGGAAGAAAUGAACAUCUUAACUACCGUCUUUUUGAGAUUCGACAAUCUGAAAGUUUUUUAUCCAAACAGUACUCUUGCAACCAAACCUAUCAGCAAUUUCUAUCGCAGUCCUGAUAUGGGCGAUUCCAUUGAUUUCUAUGUGCAUAUUGCUACCCCAGCAGAGAAAAUUGCUAUCAUGAAGCAAAGAGUAGUGAAUUAUAUUGAGAACAAGAAAGAUCAUUGGUACCCAUCACCAUCAGUGGUGUUGAUGAAUAUCGAAGAUUUGCACAAACUGAAACUAUCGGUGUGGAUAAGACACAGAAUGAACCACCAGGAUAUGGGAGAAAAGUGGCAAAGGAGAGCCCUUUUGGCUGACGAAAUGGUUAAAAUUUUCAAAGAACUCGACAUUGAAUAUCGAUUGUACCCUCUUGACAUCAACAUUCGCUCCAUGCCUCCUUUAAAUGCUAGCCGGCAUCCUUCGACAUGGACUCGAGGCAAUUGA